AUGUCUGAGGAAGAGGAAUCGAAAAGAGUAUCCGUCCAGGUGUCUUCUUUGUCAACACAAUUGAUCGAAAGCAUUGAUAAACAGUCACUAUUGGAAGAACAGCUGUUAGCAGCCAGGAAAGUGAUCAAUGGCCAAAAAGCUUCGCUGGAAGCCCUGGAAGAUCUGAAAGCUCAACUCUCGCAGACCAGGAAUGAAUUGAAAGCGGAAAAAGCUCAAAACGCCAAGAACCGCGGUCUUCUGAGAACUGCAGAGGAGGAAAAAGGAUCAGCACAAGCCGAGGCCGAUCGGCUUAACAAGGAAGUCGAGGAACUCACUGCGUCUCUUUUUGACGAAGCCAAUUCCAUGGUUGCGGAUGCACGGAGAGAGACUCACAAUUUCAAGGUCAAAAACGACAAGCUGAGUGAACAACUGCAGGAAAAAGAUACACUUUUAGAGACUCUAAAGAUCCAGCUGAAGAACCUUAAAGGUGUUCUAUACAACCUGGAGCAAGAACAAUGUGCAGCACAAGCGUCUAAUCGUAAUUCUGUCGUGGCCAAUGAAUCGGGAGCACUGUCAAGUGGACCUCUGGAGAAAACGAUGAAUGCUUUGACUGGAACGUUGCCAACGUCUGAUACUGUGGUUUUCUCGCCAUAUCUAAAAUCUCUAAGGUAUGAUCUGGGACUAUAUAAUGAGUUUCUGAAGUUCGUGACCGUGCUCCCUGAAUGUUCUUCGAUCAAAGACACAACUUCGCGAUCGAAGCUCCUUAGAAGGUUGGUCAACGAUGAAAUUCAACCAAUGCUGCGACUAGACAACGCUAGUGGCGUUGGGUGGUACGUGAGGCGUAACCUAAUGAAUCUCAUGAUGGAGGGAAUGGUAAUUAUUGAGCCCGUUAGUGGCAUCAACGAGACAUAUCGUUUAGGUCAUGGUUCUAAUUCAGCGGUAAACUCUCCUCAGCUACCAAAAUCAGAGAAGUCCAGAGAAUCACAUCUUUACAACUACCCCGCGGACUCGCCACCUGUCGCUAUUCAGGACCCUUGCGCUUUCUGCUCCGAGAGCCGUAAUGACAUUCUGGAGCACGGAAGAUUGUAUCUACUCAAGACAUUGCAGAAAAAUGAAGAUGGUUCCAUUACACCUAACGCUCAGUUUCCCCUUUGCCAUUAUUGUUUACUGAAGAUAAGGCAGACCUGUGAAAUUUUUGCCUUCUUAAGGCUGCUUAAAAGUGGCGCUUGGCAUCUUGAAGACUUGUCAGAAUACCACCGGCAACAAAUUGCGACAGACGGGUCAGCUCCUUCCGCUAAUGCGUCUGAGAAUCCCGGACUUGAAAACAAAUCAAAACGCGCAACGUUCAUGGCAGGGCUUUCCAAAUCGCUGCCAUCGAAGGUUCCAAGUUCGACCAAAAUGGUCCCGCUGAUUUCGUCACAAAGCGGCAACCCCUCAACGAACACGCAACGCGCAUGGGCUCAACUCUGCAAAUUGCGAGCAUCCUUGCACUGGGCUCACAUAGGGAUCUGGGCUUUGGAAGAUAGCUUAGAAACUAAAAUAGGGCCUGUCGCAACUGAAUCUCGCGAGCUCUCGGAGUCCACUAUUUUGACGCCAGAUUAUCUGAAAAAGCGGGAAACUCGAGAUUCUUUCACUAUUCAUAAGUCCGAAUCCACCCCCACUGACGAAGAUUUCGACUUUGAAAUGCCGGAUAAUGGCAAGUUCGAUGAUACAGGAAAAGUUUCUACGGACAAGUCUACUACUUCGGAGCCCCAUGGCGAUGGGGCCAGUUUGUCGCAGAAACACGAUAACGAAAAUUUGGCAGAAGCUCUUGAAAAUGCUGACCUUGGUACUCAGAGACACUCUUCACCCGCUAACGCGGGUCAAACAUCACUUGAUGCUGAAAGGCAAGAGCUUGAUGAAGAACAAGACACGAUCGAGCCAGUACUUAAAGCCGUCCAAAACAAAGACGCAUUGCUAUCGGAAUUCGUUGAAGAGAAUCACAGCCCUGUCAAAUCUAAUGCUACUGAGCCAAGAAGUUCAUCAGAAACACAGCUUUCAGACAAAGUACCAUCCUUGAUGGCGGGCCCAACUUCCGAAAAUGCAAAGUUGGAAAACUCAGUUCCAGACAACAAAAUACAAAGCACAACCGAUGACGAAGAUGCGGCAUUCGAUGAUGCUCAUAGCACGGUCCCAUAG